AUGAACUUCCAGAACUUCAACUUCGACUUUGUGGAAGGAUCUCGUCAAGGCCCUCCAAAGAGACAAACUCCAGGCCAGCAGUCAAUCGACGACGACGAUCGAUCGCAACCAAUUCUCCAUCCUUACUAUGAUCUUAGACAGCGUGUAGGACGAGAUUCCACCAACCCUUCAGCAUCACCGCCUGCUGCUCUCUUCUUCGCUCCUUCACCUCCUUCGUUACCUCCAUCCAAGGUCACGGCAUCAUCAGCUGAAAUCUACGGCCCAGAGCGACUCUUUGGCUCCGAACUUCCUGGAGGCUUCACAGCGCCUACACCACCAACACAAACGCAUCAGGCCGUUCCACCAGUGCCUCGGUCUGUUCGAGCUGCUCGAACCGCUCCUACUGCCCCCAAUCCUACUGCUCCUGCAACUCGUCCUUCGUCUGUCCGCUUCGACGAGGCGCAAUUGGCCAUGUUCGCCGCUGAGAACUCAGCUCGCAUGGCGAGCAUCAAAGAUGAAUUGACGAUAGCCGCUGGCAAAGUCACUCCUGGUGUUGACGAUACCCCUUACAUUCAGUAUGCCCUCGAAGCUCUGACGAGAAAUCAUGGUGGCCCUGCUACCGCGCAUUUCCCCUCCGGCUCAUCUAAUGACUGGGAGGAGGAUUACCCGCAACCAAGACGGUAUGCAAACGAUGAAAUGGCACACCAUCAAUUAACACGCCCGGAGCCCGCUUACGUUGAAGAUCGUUUACCAGAACCGAUCGAGACGCGCGCUCCCCGAGACGAGAUCCCAACCGGGAUGUUCCACGCUGCACCGGCGGCUCGUCACGACGUACCAAAACCUCCUAAACCACCAACUCCCUCGAGCCACUCUGAAGUCGAUCAGUUCGCCCAACGGGAGAAGUCUCGCCCUCGAUCUAUUCCCAUCGACAGAGCGCAUCCUCCGCUCACCUUCAAGCCCGCUAUUCUUCAACCAAUCUCCAUGAGCAUCCUUGCGCUACUGUGUGUGCUCAUGGUCGCCGCUCUCAUCUUCUGCGCUGUCUACUCACAGAAGGAAUACGGAUUCACUCCGUAUCCCGGAAGUAUCUACAGUGGCCAAUACUUUUUGUUUCGUAUCCUGCCUCAGAUUUUCGCAGGAAUUAUUCUCCUUUACGCUCAGUCUGUUGUGACUGCCUCAAUGCGAACACUCCCAUUCACAGCCAUGGCUGAUGCCGAGCCCCGAGCACGAUAUCUCGCACUUUUCCGACGACUGUAUCCUCUUACCUUCUUGCUACCCUCGUUGGCAGGACCCUGGCAAUUCCAGUUCUUCAGCGUGUGCACGUGGCUUGCCAACUUCACUAUUCCACUAAUGAGCACAGUUUUCUCCUGCAUCUAUCAGGAUGGGAACUGGAUUUGGGCUGCAGUCCAGGGCGUCGUGUGGGCUCUCGUCGCUCUUUACAUCCUGUUGCUAAUUGCUACCAUGAUUCUGAUGAUGUAUUGGUUUAAGCGAUGGACGGGUCUCAUGUGGGACAUCCGGUCCCUAGGACACCUUCUUCCUCUACUGAGCCAAAGUAACACUACCAAAAGCUAUGAAGGCGUGGAUGUUGUUCAGCGAAGCUCCCUAUUCCAGGCUCAGCUUCGAGAUCGCCAUCUCGACCGACUUGGAUACUGGCAGAUGGAUGGCCCACAAGGUGGCAUGUGGUACGGCAUUGGAACUGUGGGCGAAGAAUCUCAGGGUGACCGCAGCACCUAUAAAAUCAUCCCCAAGAAGGCCAGCUACAACAUUUCACCUGCUUCAUCCCGUGAUGACCUCGAGGCUGAGGUUCGCUAUGCGCAUUAUAGGUACUUGCCCAUUGCCCUACGCACUCCUGUCAUUUUGAGCUCAGUCAUCUUUAUGACUCUCUUCAUCUUGGCUAUCCUUGUGGUCUCUUUCUUGCCGCAGACCAGACUGGAUCAGGGUUUUUUUCCUCAAGUCCAAGCACGACCCAACAACGGAUCUUUCUCUGCAGCCAACUUUCUCUACGCCUUUGUCCCUUCGAUUUUGGGCAUGAUAAUGUUCCUGCUCUUUCAAAGUGUCGACCAUGCUCUGCGUGUUCAUCAACCUUGGGCAGAUCUAUCUAGAUCCUCUGGUUCAAUCGCAUCCAAGUCCAUCCUUGCCGAUUACGCCGCGUGUCUUCCAUUCCAAUGCACUUGGAAAGCUCUUCGUAAUGGACACUGGCGUGUGGCAGUAACGUCUUUCAUGGCUGUCAUAUUCAUAUUCAUCCCCAUUCUUGCUGGCGGCCUCUUCAUGGCCCUCACCAACUUCCGUGGCCAGGUCAAGAUGUUCCCCAAUAUGCCCGUCUUUGGGGUCCUUCUUGCCUUCCUAUUCUUGUACCUCGGAUGCCUUACCUUGAUGCUGCCUCGUCGUCAAGCUCUCCGCAUUCCCCAUCCUGCCAACUGUCUUGCUGAGCUCAUCGCUCUCUGCACGGCUGAAGACACGGUUCAUGACGAAGCUUUCCUGGCUGUUCGCGAUGUAUCAGACCUCAAGUCCCGCUUGGGCCUUGACCGUCCCAACUCUCGUGAGCAAUCGAGAUGGUACUUUGGCGUUGCAGCAGGUCGUGACGAGCGCCGCCUGAGUGUUCGCCCCAUGCAAAAGUUUACCGAGAAGAAAAUGAGAUCCAUGAGGUCUCUAUAA